AUGGCGAGAAUCGUCACAUUAGGAGUUUUGUUAGUGAUAUGUCUCGGGACAGUACAUCCCCAAUUGGUUUGCUAUCAGUGCGACGAUUGUGAGCUACAGCAAGAGAUCCCAGUCGUCUGUGGGGAUACAUACUUCACCACCACAUCACCUCCGGAUACAACCUGUCCCACCUGUGCUCCGGAACCAACGUUACCCACCACGCCGGAAUGGACAACUUCCACACCCGACACUACCUGUCCAACCUGUGCUCCAACUCUUCCCACGACUCCCAUCCCGACAACUUCCACACCCGAUACUACCUGUCCAACCUGUGCUCCAACUCUUCCCACAACGCCCAUCCCGACAACUUCCACACCGGACACUACCUGUCCCACGUGUGCACCAACGCUUCCAACCAGUCCCAUACCGACCACCUCAACGCCAGAAGAGACCACGUUCCAUACUUCUACCCCCGAUACCACCUGUCCGACGUGUGCCCCAACACUUCCCACUACGCAUCCUCUCACCACCUCAACACCGACAAUGCCACCUCCAACACCGACGACACCAACGCCGACAACACCAACGCCGACGACACCUACCCCGCCAUCCUGCCCGGCUGGGUGUUGUCCAUGCUAUGGGGCUCGUUCCACGUCCAUCUUUGCGAUGGCAGCUAAGGCGACCAAGAACUCUCUGAUGGAUGAAUUCGAAGAUGACAUUCGUUCACCACGUCAGUUACCACUUCCGGUCUACGUAUGCUACACUACCGAACGAUUUGUGAACCAACGACGCGUAAUCAGUCGAGGUUGCACCAAGCGACAGCAGUCGCUCACCGACACCUGCACACAGCUCAGCGGUGGACAACCGUACGAACAGUGUUCGCUCUGCUCGUGGCAGCUGUGCAACCGAUAG